CACAGCCUCCCCGCGCCGCGGCGGGUGAUUUAUAACGCUGGUUUCCGCGCCCGCCCGCGUUGCCCCCUCCCGGCCGCCGCUGGGGCCAUGCCGCUGGUUCGCCACCGCAAAGUGCUCAUCCUGGGGUACCGCGCCGUGGGCAAAACCUCCCUGGCCCAUCAGUUCCUGGAGGGGAAGUUCGUGGAGUGCUACGAGCCCACGGUGGAGAGCACCUACAACAAGAUGGUGGUGGUGGGCAAGGACGAGUUCCAGCUCCAGCUGGUGGACACGGCCGGGCAGGACGAGUACAGCAUCCUGCCCCACUCCUUCAUCAUCGGCAUCCACGGCUACGUCCUGGUGUACUCCGUGACGUCCCUGCGGAGCUUCCAGGUGGUGAAGACCCUUCACAACAAGCUCUAUGAGAGCCGGGGGAAGACGCGCAUGCCCGUGGUGCUGGUGGGGAACAAGGCGGACCUGUCCUUGCAGAGCCGCCGGGAGGUGAAGACGGAUGAAGGGAAGAAGCUGGCGCAGUCCUGGGGGGCAAUAUUCCUCGAGUCCUCAGCCAAGGAGAGCCAGGUGACCCAGGGCAUCUUCAUGAAGAUCAUCGAGGAGAUCGACCGAGUGGACAACGCCUAUGGCAGAUCCACCGGCUGCCGCCUGAUGUGAGCCCCUGCGUGGCACCUUCCCUCCUGCCAUGGCACAAGGGCUCUGAGGCCACCUCGUCCCACUUUCUGCUAUGGGACCCUUCACUUUGCACAGACUCUGGGAUGCACGAAGGGCUGGGUGUGGGGCAGGGUCCACGUCCCCCCCACGCACUGGGCACCGGGUGCCUGCGGGUGCUGCUCUGGCGCGGGGCCGCGGGCCGGUCCUGCCGUGCUCCGGGCGGUCGAGG